UUCUCAUCUUCCAGCCCAAUAUGAAAUACGGAAAGAAUGUACUGGAAACCUUGCUCUUCUUUAUAAUUUUACUCCUAAUAAGAGAAAUAUGCACUCAGGAAUGUGGAUGGGCACACAGAAUAGAACGCUACUUAUUCGAACCGGAUGCGAUGGAAGGAUCAUGGCCGUGGAUGGUGGCGAUUGCGAGGCAAAAUGGAACGGGUGGCUAUAAUCAUGUGUGUUCAGGAAGUAUGAUCACCAGCAGACACGUGAUAGCUGCAGCCCAAUGUUUCAACCACCAUAGUGACCCUUCACUGUACAUAGCAAGGAUUGGACACGUUGAUGAGAGACUAGCACAAGAAUAUAACGUUUCGCAGUUAGUUAUCCACGAUACCUACGCCCAAGGUUUAUUUAACGACGACAUUGCUAUGCUGACGCUAGAGAAAGACGUGGAGUCGGAAAAUUUCAAUCCCAUUUGCUUACCUCCCAGCGGUGAAUUCAUAAACCUUACAGGACAUUUUACUGCACUUGUUGGUUGGGGAUAUACUACACCAUCUUGGACGCGUUAUCCAAACCUAAGAGAGAAGUUGGACCUGGUUGUCAUUCCCAAUUUGAAAUGCAAUGAAACAUUAAGACGAAAUACAUCAAAUAUUAAUAACUCUUCUUUUCAAAAUGUUGCAAAUGACAUGAUUUGCACAGACCACCCAAGCGACUGCAUAGCGGACUAUGGUAGCCCACUGAUGUACGAAGAAGCCGAUCAGUGGUAUAUUGUCGGAUUGUUGUCCUUCAAAGGAUCUUGUGAUAAUCCUGGCGUUUUAGCUUACACUCGAGUGUCAGAACAUUUGAAAUGGAUUGAAAAAAAUAUUAAUGUAGUGUGUGGAGUAUCACGUAGAAUGCAUGACUCUGUAAGAGACGAUGAAGCGCCUCAAGGAUCUUGGCCAUGGAUGGUAGCAUUCGGAGUACACCGAAGCGGCGGAAACAACACCUUCCAGAUCAGGUGUUCGGGAAGUAUGAUUAGCAGGAAACAUGUAUUAUCAGCAGGCCGUUGCUUCGAUGGAAAUAUUGACUUUGUUGGUACGUAUAAAGCAAGAAUUGGGCAUGUUGAUGAGAGAUUAGCCCAAGAAUACAACAUCCUCCGGAUAGCAUACAAUGAUGAAUAUUUCCGAACUGGAUUUUUUGGUGACAUGGCUAUCGUCACACUCGAUAGGGAAGUAGAAUUUGACGAUUUCAAUCCGAUCUGUUUACCUACCAGUCCUGAAUUCGUAAACUUAACAGGACGAUUUACUGCACUUGUUGGUUGGCCACCUGGAUCAAAUAGGACAAAACUUCAGGAAAAAUUUGGUUUAAUUGUCAUUUCGCACUCCAGAUGCAAUGGAAGAUUCGCGAACACAAUUGCCCUUCUUAGAAGCUUCUACCCUAAUGGUAUUGGAGAUGGAAUUUUUUGCACAACUUCUCCUAAAGGAUGCGAUGAAGGCUCUGGUAGUCCGCUAAUAUACGAAAAAAAAAUGAUCGAUGGUAUGUUGUCGGAUUAGUGACUCUCCGCCUUUCCUGUGGUGGACCUGGCUUGCCAACGGGUUACACCAAAGUAUCAAAAUAUUUGAACUGGAUUAAGAAAAACAUUGUAAGAUAGGAAUACUUUGGUAAUGCGUUGAUGGGCGAAAAAAGAAUGUGCUUCUUGAUUACUACCAUUAAAAUCGAAAUGCGAUAUAUCUACAAAUUACAUUAGAGUGUUGGAAUAUUUGAACUGAAUGGAAAGAAAUAUUGUUAAGAUAGCUAAACAAGUUAACUUUCAAGACGUCUUUCGUUUAGAGUAUUUCAAAUGAAAAUAUGUUGCUAGAAUUUAUGUAUUCUGUGUUUUAAUGUUCUUUGCCUAUUCU